UUCCAUGUUGUCUCCUAGAUUGUCUCUGGUGAUGCAGACAUUUACGUCUCUGUAAUUCUCUUUUCUAUAGGAAUGCAUACGGUUAUGUCUACUGCAGCCCGGCUGUUUUACCACAUGGAUUUUAUGUGACUUGGUGCUUGAAUCUGGGCUUGAAUACUGCAUGGUUGUUCCUGUGGGACAGACAGUUAAUGCCUGCUGCACUGGCUGUCCUCAUUCUUAUCGCCUUGACUAACUACCUCAUGAUAUUCUUCUCGUGCCACGGUCUCCACAACUAUGGAGCCUGGCUCCACAAGUACCACAAAGUGGACCUGUGGCUUCACCGUGUGUUGAUCCAGAAUGGUAUUGCCAUAUAUGCAACCUGGACAACCAUUGCAUCCCUAAUUAACCUGACCAUCGUGCUGACUCAUCAUGCAAACAUGUCCCCGACAGACGCUGCCACUGUCGCACUCUCAGUUCUGACUGCAGUGUUGUUUGUGUGGUUUUUCCUAGAGAACACUGUCCUGGACACACAUGUGAGGUACAUUCUCUCCAUUUACCCAGUUGUGAUCUGGGCGGUGACGGGGGUGUUCACGAAGAACUACGAUGCUGCAUCUCUUGCUACCAAUAACACGUUCAUGCUUGCUCUGUUGGUGAUGGCCGGUGUCGUGUUUUCUGGACGAGUAUUUCUGGUCAUAUUGAGGCACUGUAAAAAGCCAUUAUACAACGAUGUGGACCCAGAGAACAUGUCUCCAAUGGAGAUCGCUGACAAGCAGAAAAAAGUAUUUAAGUAAGAAUGUUAAAAGAAUAUUUUUAUAUUUUUAUGAUAACACUCUCUGUGUCAUUGCAAUAUUCUUUCUGUAAUGCUCUGUAUACAUUGAAUAAUAUCAUCAAUAUACACAGUGUUCGCACAGCUUUUUAACAAUGCAAUCCAAAGCAAAGAUUUUCAAUUGUUUUGUCUACUGUGAGACGCUAUAUGAUUGGAUUGUUUAAUUUCAAAGUGUUUUUUUAUUUACAUAUGUGAUUGUUUAGAUGAAAAAUUAUAUUAUGUUGAAUAAUAAGCAUUUUUCAAGCUGUAUAUCAAGAUCCAAGCAUAUUCCUGACCUUGAAAAUUGUUAAAAUUAUGCAUAUUCCAGACAUUCAAGAUUUUGAAGUUUAUAUUAUAGCAAUUUAUAAUGUAUAUGCUUUGUAAAAUAAAUGUGAUAUGAUGCUGCUUAUAGGUUUUGACUUUUAU